CAACAAAAAUAACUAGAUAGAUAUCUCUCCCAUAUGCAUAUGCAUGAAUACCAUAUGCCACUGUUUAUCAUUGAAAUGUACUUUGUGUUUCCCCGUCAUUAUAGUUUCAGAUGACGGUUUGCUGAAGGGAGUUCUACAGAUUUUUUGAGGACGAAGAGUCUUGGUCGUCUUGGGUUUCCUUUUAUGGAUGGCCAAGUCUCGGUUAUGUAAUUUCUCAAGAUAAUAGUAAUCACAAAUAUGGUAGAAGUUCAUCUUGAAGAAAACAUUAAAAAACGACGAUUUUUGUUCCGACAAGCGAUAUGCAAAUUGGGAAAGCUAAUUACAGUUGAACCGCUUAUACUAUGUUUCAUAUUACCGUUUCACAUGUCGACACUAACCAUUCAGAAUUUAAGUUUGGAGAAAUCUUGCAGAGUGAACCUUAAUCUUAGUAUAUCGAUUUGUGACGCUAUUACCGCACGUAAUCACACCCAAUACAAUUCGUCGGACGAAGUUGAUGUACAGAAGCUGGUGGCAUCUGCGUCGAUUUGGAAGAACGUCGUGUACAGUAUAUUCCCCUCAAUCCUAUUGCCAUUCUUUGGAGCUUGGAGCGAUCGAAAUAAAACCAGAAAGGUUCUAAUGAUAAUGCCAAUUGUAGGUGAAAUGAUUACAAAUGUGGGGUUCAUGCUGUGUACCUUUUUCUUCCACGAGCUACCGCUAGAAGUCAACACCCUGAUCGAAGUCCUGCCUACCGCCACAACGGGUGGCAAAAAUAUGCUCCUAGUUGGCGUAUUUACGUAUGUCUCCGCCAUUACGGCCACUGAACACCACACGAUUCGGAUUGGGAUUAUACAUGUGUUCGUUGGUAUGUGCGCUGCAAUUGGGGAUGCGUUGAGUGGAGUCAUCUACACGUUAAUCGGAUUUUAUGGAGUGUUUACCUUGUCUUUCGUUUUAUACACGUUAGGCGGAUUUUAUGCGUAUUUUCGACUGAACGAGGCUCCACGUGAGGGAGAAAAACCCUUGAUCGGAUUCGAGCUUGUUAAGGACAUUGUGAACGUCCCAAAGACUUUUGCCACGUUUAAGUUUCUGGCACAUCGUAGUAUUCAAACCAAGCAAAUUUUUGGAAUACUGAUCUUGGCAGUUUUAGUCGUGGGCCCAGUUAAAGGAGAAGAGGCGGUGCUGUAUAUGUAUACAAGGUUCAAAUUUCAUUGGAACGAGAUUGAUUAUAGUAUGUUUUACGGAUAUUACUCUGUAGCACAUCUGAUUGGAAAUUUCUUCGCCAUAGCACUGUUUUCCAAAUGGUUAAAAUUUGACGACGCAAUUUUAGGCAUUAUUUCGAGCACUAGUAAAAUUCUAGGUGGAAUUUCAUUCACUUUAGCCAACAGUGCCCUGAUGUUUUACAUAAGUACACUGAUUGAGUCAUUUAAUGGGACAGCGUUUGUAGCUUCUCGGUCCAUAGUUACAAAACUCGUAAACGAACAGAAUUUGGGUAAAGUCAAUUCGCUCUUUGGAGUUGCGGAGUCCAUAACGCUUUUGCCAUAUGGACCAAUGUAUAGCGCCAUAUAUAAAGCGACAAUUGAAACCUUUCCUGGGGCAUUCUAUAUUGCCGGAAUCUUCCUUACCGUGCCAGCCAUAAUCAUGUACCUUUGGUUAUUCACCAAAAGACAUUCGCGGUUUCCGGAGGAAGAUUAGACGUGUAAGAAAUUUGUUGCAACGUAUUUACACCACUUUUCCUAUGUAUGUUGCUCAUAAUCCAACGUUACAAACAGGAAUUGUAUUAUAACAUGAUGGUUUGGAACUCAAGGUGCACCAAUAUUGUGCAAUCCCAAACAAACUUCGUAAAUGCUAUGGGGUGGGAGUGGGGGUUUGAAAUUGUGCCAUUUUAGCGCAUAUGAUUGAAAUAUUGAAGAAUUCUCAAUAAAAGCGUGUCUUUUGUUAUGUUUU